GCUUCAUGGAAUUAGAGCUGCAUUCAAAGAAUCGCUUCAAAAUAGUACACGAAGAUAGAAUAAGUCCCACUAAGCAUCAUUUGUGCAGUUGUAUCGCUUUUGAAAAGUUGCUAUUUUUGCAUUUGAACGAAUAACACUCACUUAGAAUCCACUAAUUCAAAAUGUGCGAAGAAGAUGUUGCCGCUCUUGUCGUCGACAACGGAUCCGGAAUGGUGAAGGCCGGCUUUGCAGGUGAUGACGCUCCCCGAGCUGUCUUCCCCUCGAUCGUCGGACGACCCCGUCACCAGGGUGUCAUGGUUGGCAUGGGCCAGAAAGACUCGUAUGUCGGAGACGAGGCCCAGAGCAAACGAGGAAUCCUGACCCUCAAAUACCCAAUUGAACACGGAAUCGUCACCAACUGGGACGACAUGGAAAAGAUCUGGCAUCAUACUUUCUACAACGAACUCCGAGUUGCGCCAGAGGAGCACCCGGUGCUGUUGACCGAAGCGCCUCUGAACCCGAAAGCGAACCGAGAGAAGAUGACUCAGAUUAUGUUCGAGACAUUCAACUCGCCAGCCAUGUAUGUUGCAAUCCAAGCCGUGCUUUCCCUGUACGCUUCGGGACGAACCACCGGAAUUGUGAUGGACUCCGGGGAUGGUGUGUCGCAUACAGUGCCCAUCUACGAGGGAUACGCCCUCCCCCACGCAAUCAUCAGAUUGGAUCUUGCUGGACGAGAUCUCACAGAUUACUUGAUGAAGAUCUUGACGGAGCGAGGAUACUCGUUCACCACCACUGCCGAGCGAGAAAUUGUGAGAGACAUCAAGGAGAAGUUGUGCUACGUUGCCCUGGACUUCGAGCAGGAAAUGCAGACUGCUGCUUCCAGCUCCAGCCUCGAGAAGUCGUACGAACUUCCCGACGGUCAGGUCAUCACGAUCGGAAACGAACGAUUCCGAUGUCCCGAGACUCUGUUCCAACCCGCUUUCAUCGGAAUGGAGUCGGCAGGUGUUCACGAGACGACUUACAACUCAAUCAUGAAGUGUGACGUCGACAUCCGAAAGGAUCUCUACGCUAACACCGUGUUGUCUGGAGGUACCACUAUGUUCCCGGGUAUCGCAGACCGAAUGCAGAAGGAGAUCUCAGCCUUGGCGCCGCCGACCAUGAAGAUCAAGAUUAUCGCUCCUCCUGAAAGGAAAUACUCGGUCUGGAUUGGUGGUUCGAUUUUGGCUUCCCUGUCCACUUUCCAGCAAAUGUGGAUCUCGAAGCAAGAGUAUGACGAGUCUGGACCUACCAUUGUGCACCGAAAGUGCUUCUAAAUUCGACAACCCAAAAAACAAAAACAUGAUAGAUACACAUCCCUAGUUGCUCAAACAAUUAUCGCGCAUUCUUCGUAUGAAAGAAAUAUGUGAUCAUCUCAAUGUAUUUUUGAAUUCAAAGACAGUGUUAUAUGUAAAAAAAGUUCGGAAAUUACCGGCCUGUGAAAAAUGCUCUAAACAGUUGAUCUGACCUUUGUACUGAAUCUAAACUUGUUUCAUUC